AUGUCUGGAGCAGUCUUGGCGGAGAUGCUGGAGAAGAUGCGCGUGCGGGACAGCGAUGAUGCCCGGACCGUGCUCAGCAAGAAGUUGUCGUAUGUCCUACGUCAUGGAGCCAAACAGCUCGAUCUUCCCAUUACAGACGGAGGCUUCGUGGCGCUCGCUGACCUAUUGGCGAUUGAGCCACUCUUCGGCGGCGUUAAGACUGAGGACGUGUUGGAGGUCGUGGACGCUUCGAACUCCGAGAAGCAGCGGUACGAGUUGAUGCAGCAAGACGACGACUGGCUCAUCAGGGCCACCACCAAGCACACGAUGGAGGGCAUCCAAGCACCCACGGCAAAACCGAAGAAGUCGCCCAAGCGAGCGAGCAAGGAUCGCAGCGGGCGCUUUUUUCCGACCGACGAAGAGGAGUUCUGCCAGACAUGGAGGCUGGACCGAAUGGCUCGGCAGAGACUGAGCGAGCUGCCAGAAUCAAGUCGGCAGCAGGCCAUGCAACGCUUCAACCCCGGCCCCGAGGUUCCGGAAUCCGAUUUUCCGAAGCUGUUCGUCGCGUUUUUGAAGCGGUUCAAGACCAGCAAGGAUGGGGCCGAUGAGGACGAGGGUGGGAGUCGAAGCCCCACAUCGCCUUCGCGGCGCAGAACCAAAGAGACUGCGCCUACGAAUCGACCUGGCGGUAAGGGCGGUGGAAAGAGCCCAAAAGCGGAGACCGAAUCUGCAAGUUCCGAAGACAUUGGUGGCGAAUUUGCGUUUUAUCCCAGCCCUGGAUCCACGCCGCGCAGCUUUGAUGGUGAUGUGGUUCAGGCGGAGCUGAGCCAAAGCCCUGAUCCCUCGAAGUCCGAGGAGUUUCGGCGGCUGGCACUUGGCCCCAUGCAACAUUCGCCGGUGCCAGCAGUUCAUGUCCAUCCACAAGGGCAAGAGUCUGUCCAGAUGAGUUCGGGGAUGCAGCCGCAGGUGACUAACUACCAGCAGCCGCAGCUUCAGCUCGUUCGCGGGACUCAGUCCCCACAGAUGCAGGUGCUGUCGACGCCUUCGCCCACGAGCAAGGCCGGGCCACCGGCCUCGCCGCAGUUUGCGGGGCCGAACCUGCAGCCACGCGGAGGGCAGAUGUCUCCGACGAUGUCGCCGCAGCACAUGCAGCAAUUCAACGCUCAGGCCCAACAUUUCCAGCAGUUCCCACCUGCACAGCAAUCGCCUGGCAUGGCGCAGCUGCAGUCUUACCCACAGAAUCAAGGACAAGCACCAUACCCACCCCAACCAAACGCUCCGUUUCAACCACAGCAGCUGCAAUCGCAGCCCUUUCAGCAGUUUCAAGCACAGUAUCCACCACAAUCAUCCAUACCCGCACCCCAGUUCCCGUCACAGCAAAUUCCACCACAAGUUCCGCCUCAACAGAUGCAGCAGCAGCAGCAGCAAAUGCAAUCGCCGCAAGUGACGCCACAAGCAUUUCAGCAGCAGCAACAGCAGCAACAACAGCAACAGCAACACCAGCAGCAGCAACAGCUGCUGCAACAACAAUUUCAACAACAACAGAACGUACAACAGCACCAGCAGAACCUCCAGCAGCAACAUCAACAGCACUUGCAGAGCAUGCAACAGCAACAAGAUAGCAUGCUUCACCAUCAGCAGCAACAGCAGCACCACAUGCAGCAGCAACAGCAGCAAGCGCAGCAUCAAGUGCAGCAGCAGGCGCAGCAGCAAGCGCAGCAGCAAGCGCAACAUGCACAACAGCAGGCACAGCAGCAGGCGCAGCAGCAGGCACAGCAGCAGGCACAGCAGCAGGCGCAGCAGCAGGCACAGCAGCAGGCACAACAGCAGGCACAGCAGCAGCAGCAGCAGCUGUUGCAACAGCAGUUUCAACAGCACAACUUGCAACAGCAGCAACAACAUAUCCAGCAGCAGCAGCAGCAGCAUCAGCAGACUUUGCAACAGCAGCAGCACAGCAGUCUUCAGCAGCAACAGAGUGGCCUGCAACAGCAGGACGGCUUGCACCAGCAGCAGCACAUGCAACACCACCUCCAGCAAAACAUGCAACAGCAGCAGCACCAGCAAGCGAACUCGCCACAGCAGCAAUUCCAACAAUUUCCCCAAGCGAUGCAUGCGCCGCAGCAUCCUCCACCUGCGCAUGCUGCACCUCACAUGCCACCGACAGCCCCAUCAG